UUAAUAAGUCACUCAGGUGAAAGGCAGAAGGCAUAUGGGAGGUGCCAGGGCCAGAUAGAGGGAGAGCAGACGAACGAGAGAGGGAGAGAGAGAGAGAGAGAGAGAGAGAGAGAGAGAGAGAGAGAGAGAGAGAGAGAGAGAGAGAGAGAGAGAGAGAGAGGUGUAGGGAGAGUCACACACCAUCAGACACCUGUCAGAGCAGGUGGAGACUGAGUAUCUGAACCUGGAGGUUUCACUGGAGGGCUCGUCUUUCAUUACUGGGACUUUUUUUCUAAUCAGACGUUGUACUUUGAUGUUUCUUGUGAUAUUUGUGUUUUGGAUGUAACUGGACCUCCCUGAGGCAGAUGGCUCCAGGAUCCUCAAACCAUUAGGGCAUUUCACGAGGAGUGAAAACCGUUCCAGGAGGAAAAUUUCCAUCUGAGACUGUACCACAGCCUGAAGGAGUUUCUGAGACACCCGACUUCAGACGAGUUGCGUGAUCAUGGCGGAUUUCCCGUCCAAAGUGGUCACUGAGACCAGUUCCCCCAACUCCCAGAACUCUCAGCAGGGGGGCAACAGACUCCGAGGCCUGGCCGCUAACGUCACCACCAAGAUGGACGUGGUCUUUAUCCGAAGCAUCCCAGCCAUCCUCAUGAUCACUGAAAUAGUUAUGGGGCUGCUCCAGUGGGCGUUGAUAGCCAGCACCAACUACACGCAUGUGCCAGCGUACGGUUGGGUGAUGUUUGUGGCCGUCACUCUGUGGAUCCUCACCACCAUCCUCUUCUUCAUGCUGCUGUUUGGUGCCCAGCGGAAACUCAGUGCCGUCCCCUGGCCCCUGACGGUGAUGGCGUAUAACGGCAUCGCCACCGUCCUCUAUCUCUCCGCUUUCCUGGCCAACGCAGCAACUGUCAACAUGUUCUACUAUUUCUAUGGACAUAUUGCUGCCGCUGCUUUCUUCGGUGCUGUGGUGACCCUGGCGUAUGCCGCAAGUGCUUUCUUCUCCUACUUGGACUGGAAGGAUGAUGGAGGAAACGCUGCCAGCAGCACGGUGCCGACCUAGGACUCGAACCUGCGACGCCGCUCCUGGGAAAAAAAAGACUCCAUUGUGUUUUCUUUCUCCUCAGAUACUUUGGAUGUUUGGAAAGUGCUGUGUUGAUACUGGACCUUCAACACACUCGACUGCCACUGUAGACAGAGCUCGACCUCAGCCUAUUCAUUAUUAACUCGAAGAUAAAACCGAAACCAGACAGGAGAUAGCCAUACAUUCAUUUUCAGAUUUCCGCCUCCACAUUAUGAGAACAGGUUGAAUAUCAACACUGGAUUUCCAACAUAAACUGGGGAUAAUGAUGAUGUAGGGUUAGGGUCAGCAAUUCAAAGACAACGAAAUACUUAUAUUUGAAACCAGUGGAUUUGGCAAGAAAAUUCUGUUGAAAUAAAAUGGGGACAAAUGCUCUGAUUAUAAACUUUAUAUAACAACUUUUAUCUUUGCAUCACAUGUGUAGAAGGGGAAACAUGACGUGUCCUUGAAUAGCUAGUGACAGUGAUGGAGUGACUCAAAUAUACUUACUUAUGAAUGUACUAAAAGGGUCAAAGUAAUAGUAGUACUGCAUGUACUUUUCAACUUUUUCUACGUCUGUACAUGAGUAAAAGCAAGUACUUGCUUUUAAACAUAAAGUAUUUAAAGUA